AUGUCCGCGCAAGCGCCAAGUCAACACGGAGCCGACUCCGGAAAAGUCAACUUCCCGACGGAUGCAUCCUUGCCAGGGGAGUACUUCGAAGUCCGCCAGACACACCCGACUGGUGAUUACAAGCCAGACCCAUCCAAGUCUCUUCCUCUGUCAGCUGCACGUCAGUCGCUUCUGGAUGAUAUCAUUGCGUUGUAUGAGAUGAAGCCUUCGGUGGAUCGUGUGAAGCGAUACACUCCAGACUGCGUGUACAACGACCAGUUUGUCUAUGCCAAUGAUCGAUAUAAGAUGGCUGGCCAGUGGUUUGCACUGCCCAAACUUUUUGCUGGGGCAAAAAGCCACGGAUACGAGGUUGUGACCAACGACCGAGAUCUGAUUCAAUUCAAGCACGAGGAGGAAUGGACUUUCAAGGUUAUUCCAAAAACGGCCGUGGUAAAUGCGAUUGUUAGCCUGUCUCUGGACCCGGCGACCAUCGACAGUGACUUCAUCCGGGUCAAGUACCACAAAGACCAGGCAAAUGAGAAAGACUAUUCAAACGAGGGAUUCGGCGCUGUCAUCAAGAAGUUCCAGGCAGAUAAAGUCGUCCACCUCAUGGAUAGUCCCGAGGUGAAGCAGUUCGAAGCAGACAAGGAUGCUGGCAAGGAGAAGAGGCGAACUUACGGAACGGGUGAAAAGGAGGGCGAUGCCCCUGUGAAGGACCUGUGA